CAGCUAUGAAGAAUCGUACAGCCAUUCAAUUAGUAGCAUUGAACUCGCCACCGCCCCCAGAAGUCCGCCGUCGGUGUCACAUAUAUCUCCAUAUCUCCAAGAAUAUCUCCAAGAAUGCAUGGAGACGGACAGUACUGUCGGUGACAUCGAGACUCAGAGGGAUGGCGCGCCCGACGUCUAUUCACGACGAGUUCAUGCACGAAGUUCUGACAUGAGCAUCUUUAAUUUCUCCAGCUUUGCGGAAUAUAGGGACUAUCAAACAGAAAUAUUACAGACUUGGCUCCAGCAACAAGUCGAAUCACACCUCGACUACUCGGACGACGAACUUGACUUCCACUCUAACCCCGGAAUGGUUAUAAGAGGCCGCAUUGCACAGAUACGAUUCUUAAUAUUGGAGCGCGGAUGGACACUCAGACAGGCAUGCCAAGCGACGUACAAGAGAAUCCAAGACGACUACAGGAUAGGCAGGGAGCAGUCUGCACGACAAGCGGAAAGGGAGGUGAUCCGGCUUGCAAGAGCGCGCCAGCGUGCUCUGAGGCAAUCAGAACGAGAAGCAGCUAGAAUACAAAACCAGUGUGAUAGACUUACUGACAGAUUAGCCCGUCAGAUUGAAGAGGAGGCACGAAGCACAGCUAGGACUACUGAGACAGUUGUCGAUUCCAUCGUACCAAGCGGUGGAACUUAUCAUGCCUCUGAGAACAGACUUAGUGUCAGAGAUGUUGCGAUAUCGCUGCCGGGCCCUCGUAUGCCGCAUAUGCCAGCAGUAGAGCCAGGACGGUCCGGUAACUCUGCCCGAGCUUCCGUGACAACACCAGCUCCAGUUACUCACAGAAAUUCGAAUUCGGCACCGAACACUGAGAUCCAACAUUCGAUAGCACAACUGCCUCUACUAGGUACGCAGGCGACUACUUCUUCAUCAGAUCCCCUUGCGGCGCCGGUCGCGAUGAUAGCUUCGAUCCAGAAUGGAGUAUAUCGUCCGGAUGCAACUGCCGCUAUCAGAAGCCUUGAAGCAGUGGUCGAUGAACGAGACAAUGGAGGUCUAUCAGAGGGUAUAGUAGCCUCUAGAGCUGCACAUUCAGCCCUGAUAGCUAUGAGGACUCUGGAGGAGCUUAUAGAUGAUCAGGUUGCACUCAUGCACAACCAGGAGCCUAUCGGUGGUCGCCUCCAGGUCGGUGAAUCGCCUCACCAAGAAUACUUGUAUUGGGAACAGCUUCUGCGGCGUUUCAUAACCACUCACAACCUAUCGAACACCUUAUCGAUCAGUGCAACCCAGUGCUACUCGAUGUUGUUGAAUAUUUGGACGUAUGUGGUGGGUCUUCAGCAGUGUAUUGGUUUGCAUCCAGCGAUCUCUCCGGUCGCAGCAAUACUUCUCCCUGUACGCCCAGAAUCAAACAGGACUUUCAUCGGAGCUGGUGUGCCAGGCUCAAUCACAGAUACCCGUGAGAACAGGGCAAGACGAGCUGCAUUAAACGGUAUGCCAAAUAUUGCUCAUGCCAACGAAAUGAGUCCCGCACAACGGUUGGCUCAAAUGACUGCAGAGAAUAGAGCAGACGCCAGGCGAUUAACCCUUGAACUAGCAAGACUUGAUGGUAUCAAUGCCGCUCAGCAAGGAAACAGGCCGACACGUCAGCUACAACAGCUCGCAGCACAGCACACUGGAAACGCGGACCAAGAAUCGGAACUGAUCGAACUUCUACGACAAGCGGAGUUACUUAGACAGCGAUUGUAUGCUACAAAUGCGUCACAAGAUCGCCUUGAAAGGAUGAUACAGUUGCGAGACGCGCAGAGGGCAACGGCUUCCCUCAGAUCGGUUGAGUCGAGAGUCGAAACACCGCCACACACAGACGCUUUGCAGGAUUCGCAGCACAGGAUGAUCGGAUCGAACAACGGAUCUGGUGAGGGGGAUACAGGGGAGGAGAAUUCGGAAGAUAUGAGCUAGUUGAUACUUGGGCCGGUUGCAUGGACCUGCUGAGCAAGAGACACAACAGUGGGUUCGUUUAGAGGGGCUGCACAGUAGUCACUUUUUGUUUCAUCGCCGGCUAUGAGAUUUAGCACCUAAGCAUCACUUUUCCCUCCUUGCGAUGAGGGAGGUCCUAAGCCGCUGGUAGCUAGGUAGUCGGCAUUGUGACUGCGGUUCGGCCGUUUUGGGAGCAAGUAGCUUAGUUGUCGAUAUCACCGACGGUGGCAUGAAUAAUGGUCACAACAGUGAGGGCCCUCUCCCCAGCCAAACGUCCUAGAGUACAUACGCUGCGAUGCGCCAAUCCAGCUGG